GUUGGUUGUCAGAGUACGAAAAUACUGGAAACUCCACCUCCUCUCACAUUCCUGACGAUGAUCUCGCUGUUAAUAAUGAACCAGUAUUGGAUACCGAAUCACAUACCUCCUCUCACGUUCCUGACGAUGAUCUUGCUGUUAAUAAUACGAAUGAACCA